AUGCGGAGGCUCAUAGCGAUGAGAUAUUUNGAGACGUCAACAAAUGAGACUGAGACGCCAACAAAUGAGACUGAGACGCCAACAAAUGAGACUGAGACGCCAACAAAUGAGACUGAGACGUCAACAAAUGAGACUGAGACGCCAACGAAUGACUCUGUCCUAGUUACCGCUGUCACAACAAAUACUGCAGACUUUGUGGAAGAAGCAAAAGAGACGGAGGGCAGUCUGGAGACCGAAGUGACACCGCGCUCUUCUUCUCCUCCAAACCCCUUUGAUGAGAGCGACGAAGAAGAAGAAGAAGUGGAGAAAGAGGAAGAAAGUAAAACACCAGCCAAAGUAACGACCAAUGGAGAUCUCCCUUCUACACCGCUCAUUCAUCAGGAAGGGGCCAGUCGGCCAGUACCGGCCCCCCGCCGCGUUGCUGAGCCCACCCCCCCUCCUCGCCCUGCACCACGUGUCCGCCUCCCUCGCACGGCAGACAGCCCUACAGUCGGUGAACACCAGAAGCCUCUGAUUCCUCCCAAACCUCGAGAAAUUUCACGCUCUCCUGGAAGCCUAUCCAGUGGCCCCCUUAAACCCAAAGACCCACCUUGGCUGGCCCUGGUCCAAUCAGACACCAAGAAGAAGAAAGCCCCUCCCCGUCCCCCUGUCGGACUGGCAACCCCUCCCAACACAGGCUCUCUGUCCUCUCUCAAAGGGGAGGGCUCCAGACCCAGCACCCCCCCUGCGCCCGCGAACCCAUUCGACGAUGAUGACGAUGAAAAUGUGGAGGUGGAGGAAGAAGAGGGCGGUGAAAGUGCGAUUCCACCCACUGUUGCGGCGAGUCACCCGUGGUAUCGCAUCACCCAGGCAGCAGACACCCCAGGAGCAGACCCUCCACCCACUGGGGGGAGCUCGUCCCGCUCAGCCAGCCCCGCGAGCGCCAAGAACAAGAAGCGUCCUGCCCCUCGGGUCCCGAAGCCCCCAACAGGUCAACAAGCCCUCAGCACAGAGAGUCUCUCCUCCGGCUCGGACCUCAGCUCUUUCCACCCCCCGCUGGGUGGGGGUCCCAGCAGCGACCAGGAGCACACCUUCACCAAAAGUGUCUCUGAGCCCUCCAUCUGUUCCCCCUGCGACUCUGUGGCCUCUCCUUCCUCCUCCUCCACCGAGCGCCUGCCUCACCCUUUCCUCAGCCCCCACCCUUCUCCAUCAUUUGCUAGCUCCGCUCCCGCCACCCCUCAGAGCAGUCGCAGCUCUGGGACCCAAGGGGCCGCAGCCCCUCCUCCGAGACCCCCCACGACCCUCAGCCCAUUGGCCUCAGGAGCCGCCAAUAAGCGGAUCUGUAAGGAGAACCCGUUCAACAGGAAAGCUUCUCCCUCUCCGUCUAAAUCCAAAUCCAAACCACCAAAAGGCCCCCGACCCGCCAGACCCCCGGCCCCGGGACACGGCUUCCCUCUGAUCAAACGCAAGGUACAGAAGUAA